AUGUCCAAAUACACUCGAGAGGACUUUGAUUUUAUCAAAGAGCUAGGCAAAGGAGCCUACUCUGAAGUCUUUCUCACUAAAUUCAAGAAAACGAAUACCUUUUACGCCACCAAAGUCAUCAAGAAGGAUUUUGUGAUCAAGGAAAAGAAAAUCAAUACUGUGAAAAUGGAAAAGGAAGUGUUAAACAUGUUGGACCAUCCGAAUAUUAUUUCAUUAUUUUGUACUUUUCAAGAUAAGGAUCAUUUAUAUUUUGUACUCGAAUUGGCACCUGGUGGAGAAUUAGGUUCCAUCAUUGAAAAGUAUGGACCUCUGACGUUGGAAGCUGCUCGUUUCUAUAUGGCAGAACUUGUCAAUGGAUUGGAAUUUAUUCACAGUAAGGGCAUUCUUCACAGAGAUUUGAAGCCCGAAAAUUUAAUUCUCACAGAAACAUUACAUUUAAAAAUCACCGAUUUCGGUACUGCCAAAAUCCUCAAAACCACAAAACCACUCACUUCCGAUGGUGAAGAAUUCGAUGAGCCAGUUCUCUAUGUGAAAGGAACCUUUGUCGGCACUGCUCAUUACGUCUCUCCUGAAAUUCUCAAAGAUUUACCCCAAUCGGAAAGUUCAGAUUUGUGGGCUCUCGGUUGCAUUCUUUAUAAUUUUCUCACUGGUCGACAAUUAUUUGAUGGAGAAUCGCAAUAUUUAAUAUUUCAAAAAAUUACAGCAGUUCAAGAAGAAGGACUUGUGAUUGAAGAAGAUGAGGAACGUGAUGAGGACGACGAUGAGACAUCUUCUACUCCAUUGAUGGAUCCUGAUGCUAUUGAUUUCAUUCGACAAGUGUGUCAAUUCGAUGCAGAGAAGAGACUAGGAAGUCGACAACGAGGUGGAAUGAGUGAACUCAAAAAACAUCCCUUCUUUAAAGGAAUUGAUUUUUCACAAUUGGGACAAAUGACACCUCCCACGAUGAAUGCCAAAUAUCCAGGUCCUAAUUUGUCAUCGAUUUUGAAUGGUGGUUCGACCAGUACGAAUGGUCUUUAUAUCCACCACAGUAGUAAUAAUGGUCAACAUCAUAACAAUGGAUCGCCCUCUACUCCUUCUUCACCUGUGAGAAGUUUCAAACCCAAUGGUCACAUUCGUUCAUUAAGCUCCUCAUCGGAAACUUCUUCUUCAUCUUCGACAGCAUCUUCUUCUUCGGGACAAAUUGUCAUUGAUGGAAAUUUGAGACGUACCGUUUCUGGUGGAUCCGAAUUAACAGAAUCUCUCAAUGAUCGAUGGAGUAAAUUCUUAAUGAAGAAUGAAAAUGUCGUUUAUACAGCAUUGGUCAUUAAGAGACGAAGAUUUACUGCAAAAAAGAGACAAUUAAUACUUACGGAUAAACCAAGAAUUUUAUAUAUUGAUCCUGAGAAGAUGUUACUGAAAGGAAUUAUACCGUGGAGUAAUGAAUUGUAUGUGGUGAAGAAGAAUUCGAGAGAAUUUACCAUUCAGACACCUGGAAGAAAUUAUCAACUCGAAGAUUUAAGUAAUGGUGUGGAUGCUUGGUAUGACCAUAUUGAAGAAAUUAAGGAACAAAUGAAAAACAACAAGUAA